ACCCUCUGGGAGAAACUGUUUCUCCGACUUUGAGAGUGAAACUGCCGUUUGAAUGGUUCUCUAAGAAAAAUUAGCAGUAUUUGAUCAGUUCAGCCUCCAUUAGAGUGAAAAUAGAAACUGAGAUGGGGGAUGAAGCAGGACCGGCGGAGCGAGAAGUUGCAUCGCUUCGCUUCCAGCAGCUAUGUCGUCUGAAGAUCUUUGAUGAGAUGCCAGAGAGUCUCACGCCCCCAGAGAGACUCCAUCUUCUUGCUGUCUCCAACAAAUAUGGCUUCACUUUUGUAGGAUCAGACACGGGUGUAAAGAUCUUUCAGACCACAGAACUUGGCAGGCUCAAUGAGCUCAAUAGAGAUUCCACAGGGGCUGUUGUGAGUGAUUAUGACUGCGUCAAAAUUAGUCUUGGUACCAGGCCCCUUCAUGUUGCAUUGAAUAACAGCGAGCUGAUUUUGUCAGUGUGCUACCAACAAGGCAAGAAUCUUGUUCUGAACCUUUAUGAUGUCAGAGUGGUUACAAAGAAAGGAGCGUCUCAUUCGCCUUUCACGACUUCAUUCCUCUCUCAAGACCCUCAAGUCAAAUUGGUCAACCUGGUCUGGAAUCCUGGUUUCGAGCCUCUCCUUGGCACAUGUUUGUCGGAUGGGAACUGCAUGAUAUGGGAUAGCUCAGACAAAGCACUCAAGCCUCUAGCACGCCUGCCGGUGGAGGUUGGCGCUACUGCGAUUUGCUGGUCUCCGAAAGGAAAACAGAUGGUUGUAGGAACAUCCAACGGUGAGCUGAAGCAAUUCAAUCAUGCAAGUGAACUUAGGAAGACUGUCAGGUCACCGGAUUUCACCCAAGAAGCAGUCAAAGUUGUGGAUAUCUACUGGUUGUCAACUUACAUGUUCAUUGUGGCUUACAUCGAUGCUGAGGAGUCCUUACAGCCAAACAUUGUUGUUGUCCAUGCUCCGAAAGAGAAACCAGUUAGCUACAUCAAUUUCGAGGAUGUCUGUUUCGGGAGCUGUGAGGAGAGAGCCGCCUGUUACUACAUGCAAUACCUUGAUAAGUGGCAAUUUGCGAUCACCUGCUCUAGCAACUCCAUGGAUGGCGCUGUUCUCGGAAGACAGCAGGAGAACAAAGACUUGUGGGAGAUCUGGACAUUGGAUGACGCGGCAAGGAUCGAGGUACCCCUCUGUGACCACGAGGAAACGAUGCCGCUGGGAAUGGCCACGGAUUAUACCUCGCAGAUCAACAUCACCAUCAAGCAACACACACUUCCCCCUGCACCCAUCCUAAUGGUAUUAUCCAGUGAGGGUCUGCUUUGCCCAUUUUAUGUGAUUAACCUGGAAGAUGCAGAGGGUAACACAAGGAAGCCACAACCAUUACCGACUGGAGGGGAGCGAAUUGGAACAGGUACUGCAGUACAGAUCCUACCGUCUGCAGGAGCUAAGCCUCAGCCAAGCAUCGGCCAGGCAUCGACAGCCUCAUUGUCAUUCACAUCCCCUGCCCCAGCCCCUUCAGCUGCUGCUGCUAAGAUCCCAAGCACUGCUUCCUCUGCCCCUUCCCAACCAGCGUUUGGUGCAACAGCAACCAGUGGUCAGCCAUCCAUGUUUAGUGGUUUCAGUGGUGCAGCAGCGGCAGGUGGUUCAUCUGCAGGUUUUCAGUUCAAGCUCCCAGCAUCCACGGCUUCAGCUGCUCCCGCUAGUUCAGGACCCCAGGCAUCAUCUACGUUGACGACUCCUAUGUUUGGAGGUAGCAAGUCAUCACCCUUUGGUUCAGGAGGAUUCUCUUUCAGUGCUCCCCAGACCAGUACACCAUCUUCCACAGCAGCCCCUACCACACAGCCCAGUGGGCUCAAGGGGUUUUCCUUCGCAGCGCCCUCUCAGUCUGUCCAACAGCCAGCACCAUCCACUCAAGGGUUUAGUUUCAAAGCUGCUUCUGCUCCUUCUGGCUUAUCUAAUGCUCCAUCAAGCAAUGCAUUUGGGGCCUUUCACAAACCGAUCACCACGACUGCAACUCCUGCACCCAGUGUCCAGACCACACAGUCUUCAGCCAAACCUGUUCAACCUGAACAACCAAAGGGACCUCCCAACGCUACGGCACCAGGAGGCAUGGGAGGCUUUGGACAACAAGGUUUAUUCGGUAAAGGUCCACCGAAUGCGGUUGCCCCUGGAUUGUCAGCUGCCCCGACCCAAGGACAACUAGGUGGUGCAGCCCCAGGUCCACCAAAUGCAGUUGCCCCAGGAACAGCAAGUCAUCCACUCAAGCUGGGUAGUGCACCAGCGACGGCACCAGCAGCAGCACCUACGGCAGCCGCGCCAGUCAUUGGGUCAGGUUCUCAAGGAUCAGCCUCCAUUACCACCAAGUUCACUAUCCCAAAGACAGCAGCGGCGGCGGGACCAUCACUUUCUGCUCCACCCACUUCAAUUGCAGCAAUGGCACCUACUUCAAUUGCUGCUGUUGCACCCUCUUCAGUUGCAGCUGUUGCACCUACCAGAUCAACUCCUGCUUCUUUUGGUCCACCAAAUGCUGUUGCACCUAACCAAGGACCUUCCAAACCUAGCAAGGACGUACCAGAUGCACAUAGAGUAGCGGUUGGAAAGCCAGUCGCCAUUGUACAGCAGACACCAAAGUCUUCUGCAGAUGUCAUCAGCUCUUCAAGGAUCCCUGCUACUUCCACUCCUGCAGCUAGUGCUAAACCUGUCACUGCUGCUCUGCUCUCCAAUAUCAAAGAAGAGAUGGAGCAUUUCACCAAGGAAUUGAAUGAGCUGAAGGCAAGGGCUGCAACAGGACACCAUUCUGUUGGAUCUACCCAGGAUCUUCAAAAGAUCUGCAAAGGUGUGGACGACCUUGCUACCUUCAAAGAAGAAGUCCUGGAAUGUACAAAGUCGCAUAACGAAGACAUCCACGGCCUCAAGGCCAAGCUGUUGAACUCCUUUAGCCUUGUCGAGGAGAGCCGCCUCAGGAAGCAGCGCUCCAAGGAUCCACGCUACCUCCAGCUCCUGCGCUCCAGGGGCCUGGAUCCACAGUCAGCCAAGCAGAUGCAGGAGAUCCGCUCCUUGUAUCACUACCUGGAGACUGGAGUCAGGGAUACCAAUGCCUGCCUGGAUCUGGAGUGGGAGAAGAUCACCCAUGGAAAGGGAUCCAAGUCAACCAGGAGAAUGGUGACCCCCACCAUGGAUACCAUCUAUCAGACCUUGGGAAACCACGUCAACAUCCUGACAACCCAGAAGAACAAGUUGAUUGAUCUUCGGAAGCAACUGACCACCGCACAGCGUUACGAUGUCACCUCGACAUUUAACGCACUUCCAUCAUCAAAGAUCAAGCUGAGCACCAAUCCUUCAUCCCUUGCUACCAGACUUGCUGAGGUUAAGGUGAGUGGUGCUCCUAAGGCCCGGAGCACACCCAUGUCAGCUAAGAAGCAAGCCAUGCUGAGGGAUGUUCUCUCACAGAGACAGACCACACCCAUCAGAUCAGCACCAAGAGCUGCUCUUGUAACUUCUUCAAGAGGGGGUUCCCCAUCAGAAAUGGACAAUUUUCCUCUCCCUCCAGAGCGACGUCUCCGGUUCCCAUCCGGCGAAUCCCCUCCUUAUGGGGGUAGCCAGGGGGAUGGGCGCCGCCCUGCCCACCAUGCUGGCAGAACAGAUCUGAGAGGUGUAGGUGUCACCACCUCGGCUACAGCACCACAAGCUGCCCCUUCUCAACCUUUGACCACCCAAUCAGCACCCCGCCCUGCCACUACCCUGUCGACCCCUUCCCCUCAACAACCCAUGACGCGCAGCACGCAACCACCCGCCCAGCCCCAGCGAACAGUGGCGCCACCGCUAUCAACGCUCAACGUACCAGUCAGCCCCAUCCAGCCCGGAGCUGGGAUGGUCACAUCAACUCCCCUCCCUCAGGGUGCACAGGGGGGCAGCCUGGCCACACCCAAGGGGCAGGCACCACCACCUGCAACAUCCAGCUUCUCACACACAGGGUCUGGGACAGUCGCCUGGGGCCUGACAGGUGCAACAUCAAAGGCGACAUCACCAGGACAACAAGCGGGCGUGGCAGCAAUAAGCCGCGCCCAGUCCAUCAAAGCGGGUAACACCCCGGUAGAGAAACCCAACCCUCCUGUGGUGAACAUCAAGAAUCUUGACACCAUGAAGGGGACCAUGCCUCCACCAGUCACCUUCGCACCUGUUGCCAGUACUGUUGAUGCCGGGACAGCAAAGGUAGUAACCCAAGUUAUAGCUGAGAUGGCCAUUGCUAGCGGUGUGAAGCCCCCACAACCAGGAACAGUUGCUAGUGCCUCCGGUGACUCCCUCCCACAAUCCCCCACAGGAAGGAAACCAACCACCCCUACCACCACUCGAGCUGCAUCAUCGGCCAUCGCCAUGACAACUGUGUCCAUUUCUUCCAAGCCGGUGUUGAGCACCACUGCAGCACCCUCUGGGUCCUUGUCCGUCCCAAUCUUAUUGCCUACUUCCCAGCCUGCAGCUGGCGCCACCGCAGCCUCUGGCGGGAGCAAGCCAGCAGGAACAAAAGCAGACAAUCCAUCCACAUUCUCUUUAACGGCUAAACUGCCAUCAUCUUCCACUGCCUCUGGUGUGGCAUCCAAAGGAUUUACCUUCAGUGAUAAACCCCUGGCUGCUCCCUCUGCUUCGGGUCUUUCAAGUGCUUUCACCUUUGGUUCUAAACCCAUCACAUCUUCAGCUGCUGCACCCCCAUCGGCUAAAGGUGAUGCAGCGAACCAGCCAGCAGUAAGCAGCGAGUCGGGUGUCAAGCCUCAGAUCUUUGAUUUCUCUGGUGCAGCCACCAAGCCCAAGGCUAACGUGUCAACUCCUGGUGGCUAUUUCUUUGGAGCCCCCUCAUCAACAGUUGCAAGUUUUGGAGCACCAGUUACAACCAUUGCAACAAUAUCUGGUGCUAAGACAACGUCGGCUCUUGCAACGACCACCUCGCAGUCAGCCACAGCCAAAACAAGCGUUCAACCACCAAGUGCUCCUAAGGUGAAAGAAGAUGCGAAAGGCAAGGAUGAGAGUGGAACAGGAAAACCUACAGCUGCCACAGAUGAAGCAGGAACUGGUGCUGCCUCCAAGCCAACUACCGGAUUUGGGUCAUCAAGUCUUCUUGGAGCCAUGUUGGACAAGCCCCCUUCAGGAGGAAGUCUUCUUGGUUCCAUGUUGGAUAAACCUGCAGCAAGUAAACCCCAAUCUUCCGCAGCAGAAGAUGAGAACGCCAAGCUCCAGCAGUCCACAAAGAACAUCCUGAGUGGAGUGACCUUCCCGACAGGCACUUCUGCAGGAGCUUCACAAAGUGGGACAGCAUCUCCUGGACCCGCUGCUCGUAAUCUCUUUGGGACCACACCAAGCACUUCUGCAGUGUCAGGAUCGGCUACUACUUCCACACCAUCAUUUGGAACUUCUGGUCUGUUCUCCUCACUUGCGAACACCUCAAAGGGAUCAGAAUCAUCCACAGCUACGACAGCUCCUGCCCCUCAGACAGCAUCCUCGGCAAAUGGAUCACUCUUCGGAAAGACAACUUCUUCUGGGUCUCUCUUUGGUGCACAGCCGACAUCAUCCACAGCAUCAGCAGGAUCAACAGCAACUACCACCGCCCCAUCCACUGGCUUUGAUGUAUUUGGACAGUCGACAGGUGCAGUAUCCACUAAACCUUCCCUGUUUGGUCAAACUUCAACAGCUGCGACUUCUUCUGCUCAGACCACCUCUGCUCCAUCCUUUGGCCAAUCGUCUGGUCUCUUUGGACAGCCCUCAAGCGGAGGACCGUUUGGCUCUACUACUGGUGGUUCUGGAGGGUUUACCUUUGGAGGACAGCCGACUUUGGGUUCAGCAAGUCAGGAUCCAAAGAGUGUCUUUGGGUCCAACUUUGGAGCAUCCCAACCAGCAGCCAGCACUGCCACUCCUGUAUUUGGGGGCUCUCAGACAAGUAACCUGUCGUUUGGUCAACUAGCCAGCGGUGGUAGUACGGCUACUUCGUCUGCUUCUGGAGGAGGGGGAAUGUUUGGUGCUACCAAGGCUGCCAGCAGUACUGGUGGAGGAUUUUUUAGUGGCCUUGGUGGUAAGCCUGAUCCAGAGGCUGCAAAGAGAAAUCCGUUUGGUCUUGAAACGACGUCAUCAUCCAGCUUUGGAUCUCAGUCCUCUGGUACAAGCAUAUUUGGAUCUUCCACUAGCAAGACUUUUGGAGCUUCCCAAACAGCACCUGCUUUUGGAAGUCCUAGCAGCUCUGCCUUUGGUACCAGCUCUGGUGUUGCUAACACAGGAUUCGGUGGGUUUGGUCAACCUGCCUUCGGCCAAACAAACACAGCUUCACCUGGUUUUGGCUCUCCUGGAGCAGGGGCUGGUGGUGGUGGUGGUGGACUAGGAUUCGGCACUGGGGCAACUUUCUCCAACCCUCUUGGAGGGUCGCCCUUCGGUAGCCCUCAACAAGGGAGCUCAGCUGGUGUCUUUGGGGCCAGCUCCCCUGCGGCUUCCACAGGGGGAGGAUUUGGCAGUUUUGCCAGCCAGGCUGCUCCAUCUUUUGGAGCCUUAGCUGGAUCGGGAGGAGGCUUUGGCCAGCAGCAGCAGAGCUCCGGCUUUGGAGCAUUUGGAGCAGGUGGAGGUAAUAAUACAGGAUUUGGUGGCUUUGGCUCGGGAUCCAACAAUGCUUUUGGUGGAGCUAACACUGGCAGCCCUGGAUUCAGCGGAGGGAGCUCGUUCACACAAUACCGUCACUGAGUCAUCCACACGCUUCGUUGUUGUCUUGACGAAACCUUACAGUGCCUUCCAGCUAUUAUUCUUGAAUCAUGUGACGUAGCUAACAGAUGAUCAUCCAUUGAAAGAACCCCUUGACACUGUGCAGGUGUAUAAUCCAAUGUAGUGAUCCACUCGGUAGGUGCAUUCACACCCAUCCGAUGAUUGAAAGUAUCUGGCACAUGUAUUUUUGCAAGUGUGAAAGCUAUCAAAGUACAGGUAACUUUGCCUGAGUCUACUUGGACCACCACAGACCACAAGAGAAAUUGUACUUAGAAAUAUGAUAAGAGUUGUAUUACACAUGUUUUGCAUAAUCUUUUGUUUGUUUCACUGUCACUUAGAGUCAUGCUUUAAUGCCAAAGUAUGUGAUGCGCAAUCUUAUUGAUUGUUACUUAGUAGCCAGCAUCCUUAGCAGGAUUUGAGAAAUGCAGUCGUAUUAAUCUUUGUGAAAACAAAUGCUUUGACUAAUUAAGUAGACAAAUGUCUGACGUAUGAAAGGCCAGCUCAUGCAAAGUACCUGCACUUGUUUGUACUUUUCACAAUAAAAUAAUUUUCUGUAUCAAUCUCUCCAAUGCCAAAGGAUAUUUCGCUAUGUGAAAGCAGUUUUUAUUAAAAUUUGUGAUACUCGUCAAGAAGAAUUGUAUGCUUUGUGUAAGUAUGUGAGAUUUGGGUUCUUCGGUGAUAACGGUUGGAAAUUUAUCUGAUUCAGAUGGGUGUUUCAUAAAGUUCAUUCAUGAGUUAUAAACGACUUUAAGAAAUAACAUAGAUUCUUUCUCACGUGCUUAAUCGUUACCUAUGCAUAUUUUGUGUAUACCAUUUACCAAAAGAAAGGAUCACCUAUCAUUUGUUAAGUCGCUGGUAGCUUACGAAGGACUUUAUGAAAUUCCCACCUGGCGUAUGUGAACGUUUGAUAUGAAUGAAGUCAUCUUGAGACCCAAACAAGUUCUUGUAAUCAAGUGGUAUUUUUUCAAACGGUGGGUGUGAAUUACCCUAGUUGAUGUUCGACACUUUCACGUUGAACCAUGGAUCUAUCUAUAGAAGAAGUUUAUUAUAACUGUCUUUUGCAUAUCAAGCCCAUGCAAUACAUACAGCUGCUUUGCAUCAAAACCCUGUAUCUCAAAAGAGGCUUAAUGUUCUGGUUAUUGGAAAAGAGAGAACGUUAAUGCUGCUGCCACAUUUCCCCCUACGGUGGCUGCAUGGCGAGUCGAUAACGGCCGUUUUACGAAUUUCCGUAUGAACCACAUACAGGAAGCUGGUACAAAAGUUACGAAUACGGACGCUUUGACUUGCUGUACGGCCAUCGUAGCCAAAAUGUGCCCUAACUGUCUUUUGUGAUCACAUCUUUUUAUGUUCAAAACUUGUACUGGGGAGUGUUUCAUGGAAGGACUAGUCAGACGUUUUUAUCUGACAAGUCCUGUUUUAUCCAACAGUUUCCAUGGGAACUGUGCUCCGCCAAUCAAAAUUAAUUAAAGAUAUCAGAUCUGACAACGUGGCAGACAAAAAAUGUUGGUGAAAUGCACUCCAGGUAGCAAUAACCUAUACAUAUUCCUCAUAGAUAUCCAAUUUAUGUAGGUAUUUUGUGGUGCUCGUAUUGUUGACUGGGAAAUGAAGGAAAGAUUUAUUGAAAUAGAACCUUUGUUGAAUAAUGUGGGGAUAUGAGCUUUGAUGUGGCACAUAUCUUAUGAAUCUUAUUAUUUUCCAAUCCUUAAGAAUGCAUGUAUAAAUAAUACUCAGAUUGCUACAAAGAUUUCCUUUGUAUAAUCAUAUCAUAAUUUGCUUGGUGUACGAUUCAUUUUGUUAUUAAAAUUGCUGAAUGCAUAAUGAUUGAAUAAUGUAAAUCAAUAAUUAACCUGUCCAUGCAUUCGUUGAUUUUUGUGUUCUUAAACUGUGAAGAGAGUUGGGGUAUUCGUUAUUUGAGGAUGCGUGAGAGCCUCAGAACUUGAAGAACUACUGUAAUUGUUCUUGUGAAACAGUGUCAAGUUUCAUCUUAAUAUUCAGUCAUUCUACUCUAUUAAAUGUGAUGGAGUUUCAUCGAAAGUAGAACAAUUUAAAUGUAGGCCAUGAUAAAGUUCAAAACAGCCAUUAAUGUGCUAUUCAUGAUGCCAAAUGAGAUUAAACAUUGCUGUGAUUUAGCUUCUUGGUAAUCUUAAAUAAUGAAUUAAAUCUACCCACAUAUAAAAAGCAGAAGACAAUGAACAUGUUUGAGAAUAGCACUGCUACUGUACAUCUGCUUUGGAGAUUUCUGUUUCCAGGACCCUGUUACUCAAAGGUUUGUGAUCAUUCACAAAAUAUCAGUGUCCAACCAAGAUCAGUAUUUCAUGGGCAUAUUGUUCAGUAUACCCACUAUCAACCAAUCAGAAUCAUUGUGUGAAAUGUAAACAAUUGAUCACAAUUCUUUGUGUAACCCUACCUAGGUAUUGUUCAAAGCCAAGUUCUUCAAUUGGUGGUUUCCUGUUCAGUGUAUGUAGAAUAAAUAUCCAGAGGGAAUUCGCUCUUCAGAAGCAACAUGAUGAUGUGCCAAAUUCAGAGGAACCACUGAUGUAUCUAUCUUUUUUGUGAUCAUUCAUAGUAUAGAUUUCAUCGCAAAAAUGAGAUAUUCAAGAGAAAUGGCCCAGAAUUAUUUCAUGUCUGUAUCGUCAACUCUAGAGUAUGUUGGAAGUUUUCUUGGCAAGAAUUUUCUGGGAAGGAAAAAUGUUUGCAUGCAAUAUUGAUUUUCUGUCACCAUAUGAGCUAUUGUUUUUAAAGUCUUUAAUAGGUACCAGGAUAACUUUGAGGGUAAGUUACUGCCCUCAAAAUUAAUCAAAUGGAAAUUAUGUAAUUGUAUACAAUUGACAUUGAAUUUUUUUUCUUCAUUUCUAUCAUUCUAACCAGAGGACCAUGAAAUUUCUGCUUCUAUGAAAUGUUCAGUAUGGUUUAUUAUGAAUGAUGAACUAUAUUGCAUCUUCCAUCAUAAUCAUAUUGAUUAAAGUCUUUGAAU